AGUUUUAUGAACCAAUCCUGCGUAUUGUCUGCUUUGUUUAUUUGGGGUUUCAAGCGUUUGCAUGUUUAAUGUUCGGAAUACAUAUUAUUUUUUAUCUUGGUGUCAGUCUGUAAACACCUGCAUUGUCACCGUGUAAUGACAAAAAUAACAGGAAUCCAUUAUGGGACACAUGCCCGACCUGCCUGCGAUAUGAAUGAAUGAAUGCCGUUUUACUUUCGCUUUUGUAGAUUUGGUUACACAGAAGCUGAGACCUGUCUUCUCAUCGAGGGGGACUUUGGGAACCGUGUCACUUGUUGUGAUCACAAUUACAGAAUUUGAAUAUGGAACUUCUGCUAUGGGUUUUUUUGUGACCACUUGACGGGAGUUUUUGCAUCGAUGGGCUAUACACUCGCUCACAACUAAAGUGAAAGAGUUCUGUGCAUCACAGCUGAAGAAGAUGUUGUUGAUGCUGCUACUUACUACUUUAUUAUUUAAAGGCUGCAGGUCGCAGAUCACCGGUUAUGGGAAUAAAACAGCUGAUUAUGGCGGUGACGCGCACUAUUCGUGCUCAGUAGCUGACACCACAGGCGUGCUGCAGGUCACGUGGCAGAGGGUAUUCAAGGAGAAGUUCGUGGAGAACUUGGCCACGUACAGUGAGCGGUUUGGGCAGCAAGUAAAUGAUCCCCACGCGGGGAAAGUGAUCUUCACGGAGGCGUCUCUCCGAUCGACGUCCAUCACUCUGAGGAACGUCACAUGGGGGGACGAGAGCUGUUAUGUCUGCUCGUUCAACGUGUACCCCGACGGGUCCAAAAGACAGCAGACGUGCCUCACGGUGCAAGGUCAAACCUCUCUGGUCCAAUGUCAGCACGAGGUGUUAGCAGCUCUAGGAGACAACACCUACUUGAGCUGUCGGUUGAUUCAGUCUAAAGACGUCGUGCAAGUCACGUGGCAGAAAAUGAUUCCUGGUGAGACGAAGGAUGUUGGUUCUUACGACAAACACUUUGGUCAGAAAGUGAAUACUGGGUUUCAGGGAAGAGUGGAGUUUAAAUCUGAUGGACUGCAGAACAGCUCCAUAGUGAUCAGAAACGUGACUGACCAGGAUGAAGGAUGCUAUCGCUGUAUGUUUAACAUCGACCCUGAUGGUGCUUUCACUGGAAUAACAUGCCUCCAGCUCUAUGAGCUGCAUGAACCCUUUCUACACGUCAGAGAGUCACUCUCUGCUGAAGAGCUAGUCGUGUCCUGCUCAGCCACAGGUCGACCUGCUCCCACGGUAACGCUGACUGUCCCCCACCACAACUCCACCAGCGUCACCAACACCAAUGGAACAGUCACCGUCACCACUACAGCUGUGCUGUCUCGUCUCCAUGACAACAGCCACCGGGUUGGAUGUGCAGCGCGAGUGCUCUCCGGCCGUCAGAUAGAUGUUUAUGAGAUGAUUCCUGAGGUCACACUGUCGCUUCCUGAUGGUUUAGAUGUUAAAUCUGGAUCUGAUAACAGUGAUUUAAAUGUUCCUUUGAUCAUUGGUUUGGUCGUCAUAGUGAUCUGUGUUGCUGCUGCUGCUGUCAUUGCUUUUUGGCUUAAACAGAAACACCAGAACCGUGAGCCACAAAGGGACCCCGAGGACAACAAGAGAGACACUAAUGAGCCUGUAACACCUUUGAUGAAUCCAGAACUACGACAACGGAUCUCUCCUCAUAAAUCUGAAAGAAUCAACCAACCAGAACGGUCUCAGCAUUUGAAGAGAAACCUAUUUUCUAAUCAACCAAACCCAAAAGAGGCAGAAAAAGAAAGCGCUGAUGGAAACUCUUGAUAUCCUCAUUAAUCUUUUGAGACGGGUAAAACAAAACUUGUUUUCAAUACCACAAAGUAAUCUACAAGACUCUUGUAUCAGGUCAUGGAGAAUAAUUCCAGCAGUGACUUUGACUUGAAUUAUCUGUAAACUGCUGCAAUUGCAUCCAUUGUUUUUAACUACUUUUUAAAUGUUUUAACCUUUUGUACUUUUAUAAAUGGCUGC